GCGCCCACUUCCUUCUCUGCUACGAGUGACGCUGAUGACGUCUUAGCACCGCCCCCAGCGUGAGCCCUCCGAAGGUUCCUCCUCUGUCAAUUUGACUGUGCGCUUGUCAUCCUUCUCAGGAGCGCGAGCAGGAUGGAGGCCCUGCUUAAUGAGUGGCUGUGGCAAGACAGGUACUGGCUGCCUCCCGGCAUCCACUGGCAGGACAUGGAUACGAGCAAGGGUCACUAUCCACUACCCAGAGACCUCGUGUACACUUUGCCAGUGGCCUUUGCUUUCAUAGCAUUGAGAUAUGUAUUUGAGAGGGUCAUGGCUGUCCCUUUAAGCACAUAUUUAGGUGUGAAGGAUCGGAUUAGGAUUCGAGCCGCACCUAUUCCAAAACUGGAGAACUUCUACAAACAGAACAACCGUCAGCCGUCGCAAAGUGAGUUGGCGAGCUUGGGAAAGCUUUUUGGACUCUCCCAGUCAAAAAUUCAAAGCUGGUUCAGGCACAGGAGAAACCAGGACCGACCCACCAACACCAAAAAGUUCUGCGAGGCCUCUUGGCGCUUUGUCUUCUACCUCGCGGCUUUCACAGCAGGGCUCGUCUCUUUGCUCGAUUCUCCAUGGUUUUGGGAUCAGAGAGAGUGUUGGCGGGAUUUUCCUCAACAGGUUGUCACCAAUGCCCAUAGCUGGUAUUACAUCCUGGAACUUGGCUUCUAUCUGUCACUGCUUCUCUGUGUUUCUGUGGACGUGAAGCGAAAAGAUUUCAAGGAGCAGGUCAUUCAUCACAUUGCCACCAUAUUUCUCAUUGGUUUCUCCUACUGCGCCAACUACGUGAGAAUUGGCACACUUGUGAUGCUGGUGCACGACUCGUCCGACUUCCUGCUCGAGUCGGCCAAGAUGUUUCACUACGCUGAGUGGACCAAGACGUGUGACUCACUAUUUGUCAUCUUUUCUUUGGUGUUCCUGAUUACACGGCUGGUAGUGUUUCCUUGUAGAAUCAUCCACACAACGUUGGUGUUAUCUCUUGACUUCUUCGAGCCCUUCUUUGGUUAUUACUUUUUCAAUGCUCUACUGUUAGUGCUGCAAGCUCUGCACAUCUUCUGGGCCUACCUUAUCCUGCGAAUGAUCUACAAGUUUAUGUUCAACGGAAAGGUGGAGCGUGACGAGCGCAGUGAUGAGGAGAGCGAGGUGGACGAGGACGAGGAGCCAGAAGAAGAUGAGAGCAGUUGGGAGCAGAGGAAGGGUGCCAUCAACUCCAAGCUGGCGUCACUAGCCAACAACUGCGUGCUCAACAACCUGACCAACCAGAGGAAUCUCAACAGCAGACUGCCCAAAGCCAGAUAGGGUCCAGGCAAAGUUUAGGUCAUUCUUGACCAAUGUACCUACGGUCCAUCGAUGAUUUCAUGCCACCGUCAGCUUGUGUUUUGCUUUUCUUCAUUCCACAAUAAGAGGCAGUGAAAAAAAAGCACAAAUGAUUGUAAAUCUAUGCGCCCGGUGUCACAUUGGAAGCAAACGCCAUCACUUUUGUGAUGCCACCCUUG